AUGGAUCCACAAACAAGAAGUGUUUACGGGAUAGACACCAAUGCUCUAACAUUUUUUAGGGAAGAGUUAAAACCAAAAUGCUCGGAAUUGGCUACACUGUUACAGCAAGUCACCUACCCUCUUUCGGAAAGCACAACAGCAAAAUUAAAAACUAGUUUGACAAAUAUUACACAAUUUAUUACGGAUUGCAAUCACGAUAUUGAUAUGUUUCUUGAUUAUAUUACCUUUCCGCUCUUGUUAAUAUUGGAAAAGGAUUUUAUUUAUAGGAAAAAGAAGGCAACAUCAAAUGGAAUGCCAUCUCUGGUGCUAGAAAAGACUCUAGAUGCAUUGUCUGCUUGUUUUAGAAAGUUAAAAUCUAUGGAACAAGGGGAAAAAUUUAUUGCACUGUUCCAAUCAUUAUUUAUUAUUCAUAUUGUUUACGCAGAUGAUGAUCACUCAACAUUGGAAGUUUUUGUAAAUACAUCUUCCAUUGCAUCAUCUGAAGAACUCAAACUGUCAUUAAUUCAUGCAUUUCGAGACUUUGUAAAUUGCCAAUGGACAUAUUCUCACUCUUCCAAACUAUUUACUCUCCAAAGUAUUAGUAUCUUUGCAAGCAAACUGUUAGAUGUUGCAGUGAAAGAAAAAAACAGACUUCUUGUUGAAACAUCUCUCAGAGCUAUUGGUGACCUGUUGACUCUGUGCAGAAAAACUAAAGGUCAUUUACCAGAUGAUAAUUUUAAACAUAUCAUUGAGAGCAUUUUCCCAGGACUAAUAAGUCAAGUAUCAAAAUUGAUCAUUUCUCCUCCAUUUAUUUCAAGAGCAGUACAAUGUGCUGCUUUUGACUUGUUUGGAACGGUCACAUGUAUGAAUUGUUCGGAUGCACUGAAUGGAUUUAUACCAGAGGUACAAACGACUGAAUCUGAAAAUAAUAGUGAAUCAUCAUUGACCAUUGAAAAACUUUCACAAAUGAUUUUUACUUCUGACGACAAAAAGAAGCAAGUUAAAGCAAAAUUUGAAAAGUUUGAACCUUUUUUACGAAAGAUUUUCAGUACUGAAAUUUACGCUCAAUAUUCAUCAACAGUGACAUUUGAUCAAGUCACAGAAAUACAACAGUGCAUGUUAGAAAACUGUGCCAAUAUUUUAACAGAGUGCUCUCAUGCACUCUAUGAUUCUGUAGAUGUACUUGUUGAGUGCUUACUUGUGGGAGGAAGAGACAAUAUCGAAACUAUGGAAUAUUCAGACUCAAUUGAAAGUCGAUUUUUAACUCUGGUGAAAAGCAUUCCCUCAACAUGUAAGACCACCAAUGAAAAAGAGAAAACUGUGACCUUCAAACUAUUUCAUAGCUACUUGGAGUACAUUUUAAAAUCACAGAAAGGAUCCAAUUUUAUAGCAUCAGAUGAAAUGGUAUCAGAAAUGACCCUGUCCCUAAUGUUAUCAUUACAAAUGGAUCACUACAAUCCUAUAACUGAAGACAAUCAAUUUCCUAAAAAGAUUUUCGUAAAUUUUGUAGAUGACCGAAUGAUACAAGUGAUAUAUUCCAUUUGUCAUUUGUUAGGAAGAAAGUUAAGUCUUCUCUCAAAGCCAUAUAUUGAACAUUUGCUUUCAAUUGCCUUCUCCAUUAGAGGCAAGUCAUCAGAAAGUUCUUACAGAAAUGAGAGUGUCUUGGUGCUCAUUCAAAUACUCGAAGGAUUAUUGCAAGACAAGUCAUGUUCUCACAACACCAUUCAAGAUUUUUCCAAAACUGUAAUUCACACAAUUAUUGAUACCAUGAGUGAAAAGCUCAUAGAGACAUCAUCGGAUUCCAUAGAAACUAAUUGCUUAAUUCUAGAGUGUAUGAGCACGGUAGCAAAAUUUGUGGAUCCAAAUCGUCAUGAUGAAAGGGACAUGUUACUUCUUAAAAUACUAUAUCCCAUUCUGAACCAACUUGGUUAUCCAUCCAUACACAUUCGCCAAAGUUGUUUCAAGACAAUUUCUGAAAUCUCCAAACAUUUUUAUCCAAACAAGGAAAUAUCCUCAUCACCAAGAGAUUGUGUCAUGUAUUUGUUGGUGACUAAUUUUGAUUACAUGAUUGAUGAUAUACGAUAUCGAUUGAAAUAUCUGUCCUUAUAUCCACACAUUCCUCAAGUGUUAAAUACACUCUUUGAAUACAAUGUCAUUGGAAAGAAAUUCACUGAAUCUAUAUCGUAUUCAGAGCUGACUAAUCACAAGAGAGAAGAAUUCUCUGCUCAUUUGAAUAUGGUUUCUAUUGUAGAUGAUUGUAUUCAGAGCGUGUUUAAUGCCAUUGAUCAACAACAACAAUUUACAGACUCGAAAAGAACAACUCUCCCAACAUUAUUUUCUAUUCUAGGAAAUAUUAUCAAGACACUUCAUGUGUUGAAACAAGAACGAGAGUCUCUAGAUCUGUCCGAAAAGAAGGAAUUAACUGAAAAAGAAAUUACAACCAUCAAAGCCAUUCUCUCCAAAUUACAACAUUUCAUGAAUAGCUCUCAAAAUUCUCUACUCAAUAGUGUUUCUUUUCUUACUAUCAUUGAAAACGCCAUUGCAAUGUUUGAACAUUCAAAUAUUCGAGAAGAGGAUGAACAUUCCACAGGAAAUAAGAUUUUAUCAUCCAUUCAUUUGUUGUGGCCCAUGCUCAUGACUCAUUUGUUACAAAAAAGAACAUCCAUUACUUUGAAACAGAGAACUCUUGAACUCAUUCAACUCCUUGGAACCAAAUUUCAUGAUUUUUUAGGUUCAAGAAUUUUAUCAGAACUCAUACCCUAUCUCAAUCGAAUUCUGAAAGACUAUCAUCAUUCCCAAGUGGAAUUGAAAUACAAGAAGGAACCAAUGAGAAUGGACUAUUACAAGACAGAGCCUGAAUACAAGUAUUUGAGAGCAAUUUUAUGUUUCCUCAUUCAAAUGUUACAAACAACGACCAUGAAAGAGAAUAUCGAACACUCAAGUUGGAAGGAGUUACAGCUGCAAGUCAUAGAAAAACUCAAAUAUGCUAAGGAUGAAUCUGUGCCAGAAGAGAUUCGUUCCCUGGCCAGCCAGUUGAACGACCGCCUCACCCAUGUGGCGGAACACACAGAAUCGAAUGCCGAGUUUUAA